AUGGCUUUUCCUCUUUCAAACAACCAAAGGGAUAUAGCUAAUCGUAAGCUACUAGAAGACCUACAUCUCAAGAAACAAAUACUACUAAAACAGGGUACUGCAUCUACCCUGAACCCCACUGCCUUACCAUUGUUAGGAUCUGCAAUACAACUUCAGGGCAACGAAACGCAACCCUUAAACUCCCAUCAUCAUAAAGCCUUGCUUCAGGCCAAUUCUCAAUCUACAGGAUAUUUUAUAUCUCAAGAAUCAUCAUUUGGGAAUCUGAUACUACCAGUUCUGCCUAGAUUUGAUAGCAAACCGACAUAA